AUGUCACACCAGACGGGCAUUCGUUGCAACGAAGAGUUGUUGUCAUUCAUAUCGAAAUGCAAGACCGAAAGCACGGAUCAGAUCCGACUGAUAAAGGUGUCCAUUCAUAACGAAGAGCUGAUCCUCGAUGAGUACAAAGAGCCGUCGGAGGACUGGGAGGAGGACUACAAACGAGCCCGCGUACAUACUAUAAAGGUGUCCAUUCAUAACGAAGAGCUGAUCCUCGAUGAGUACAAAGAGCCGUCGGAGGACUGGGAGGAGGACUACAAACGGUAUGUGAAGCGCAUGGUUCUCGUGGCAGAGCCCGCGUACAUACUGUUCCGCCUGGACUCCAGAGACAGCUCCGGGACCUAUGAGUGGCUAUUCAUACUGUGGACCCCCGAGGAGAGCAGUAUCCGCAAGAAGAUGGUCUACGCGUCCACUAAAGCCACUCUUAAGCAGCAGUUUGGCGGCGGAAACAUCGCUCACGACUACUUCGCCACCACUUUCGACGAGAUCUCGUUCACUGGUCUCCAGAAUUGGCUCCAAAGCUGUGCGGAAGGGCUGCCGUUGACUCGCGAGGAGCAGGAGCUGAAGACUGUGCGCCGAGACGAGGCCCUGUCCUCGUGUAUCACCAAAACUAAUAAAACACUUCCCGGUCUCGCGUUUCCAAUCGACUCGGAGGCCAUAAACGCCUUGUUUGACCUGAAAGACGAUAACCUGAGUUACGUUCAGUUGAAUAUCGACGCGAAGAACGAGGAGAUAAAACUGUGCGACAAGAGGACCGCCAACGAGCUGGACGUGCAUAACAUCGAGACACUGAUCCCGCAGGACAGCGCCCGGUAUCACCUGAUUGUGUUCCGGCAUACCUUCGACGGCGAGUUCCACAAGAGUAUUGUAUUCGUGUAUUCCAUACCCAAUAGCUUCAUAUCAGUGAAGGAGCGGAUGCUGUACUCGUCCUGCAAAAGCGCUUUACUCAACGCCAUCACCGACCGCAUCGGCGUCCAGAUCGACAAACGUCUCGAGAUCGACAAUCCCCGGGAAGUCACCCACAGUUACCUCGUCGACGAACUCCACCCGCGACAGGACAUCAUACGCAAGGCCUUCGAUAAGCCCAAGGGACCGGUAGGCAAACGCGGCGGCAAACGGCUCAUCAAGACUAACGGCGGCGACGACUAA